GGGGCACGAAACUAGCUGUUUGUGCAACAAUUUGGCGAGCCAGCCAGGAGUUGCCCUCGGACCACCCUGGGGUCAACGACAGAAGUGGUGAAGGUGUCUGUGAAGUGCGCACCAGACUGAUUUUAGAGUCUGUCACGGUCACUGGGAACGCGAGUCGGGACACCCGGGAGGUUAAAGGCUCUCCACUGAAUGAGUCACCCAGGCUGAGUAGGGUCCGAAGAGACGGCGCCAGGGUGUUGGCAGGAGUUUGCUGUACCCUUCCAGAGCCUCCCGCUUGAUGCACCGAUCCACAACUUUAAACCGGGUGACCAGGUCCUGGUACAGAAGUGGAGAAAGAAUCCCCUCGCGGAAAGGUGGGAGGGACCCUACCAGGUGCUGCUGACUACACACACAGCUGUUCGCUUAUCAAACAGCGAUAAGUGGACCCACUGCUCGAGAGUGAAGCCUUUUCAUCAGGAGGACACCAACUCCCAGGGUGUGGUCACUCCGGAAGCUGAUAACACCCAGGAACAAAAAGCCAACAAAUGGAAAAGUAAACCUGCUGGAGAUUUAAAGUUACGCUUGCAAAGAUGUGGGCCCUAGUCUAUUUGUUAAAGCUCUCGUCCCUUUUAGGUAUAUCAAACCCAGCUAUUAUGCCCACCUGUUGUAAGUGUCCCCAAAACGGGGGUGGAACCCUCACUAAGGCUAACUACAAACUUUCAAAGUCUACAAUACUUAGUGCCCUCCUGCACCCCAUUUCCCGGUGCUGCCCACGUCGAGAAAUUAUAAUUCAAUCCGGCAAUACAACACCGCUGUGUGUAAAGCCAGACCCAGAAAUCUGGUCUGCAAUUCUCAAAGAUUGGCCUUCAAGCCUUCAACCUGUCAAUAAUAUAUGGGAACCUAAAGGCACACCUACGAAUACAUGGGUGGGAAAUUCAUGGGUGGCCCUUCUUAAAGACUCACCUCCGGCUCUAACUAACCAAAGUUGUCUUUUGUGUGCGCUUACUCCUGUUUCUAGUGAUGAGGGAGUCCCUUUCUUGCCUAUCCCCCUCAAUAGGACUGGUAUAGUCUCAGAUUGGGGUUUUAACUGGAAUUUCUCUUUGCGAUAUAAUGGUUCUGGGAGAAUUAUGGUGGCAAAAGUUACUGGAUCUAUUUGCAUUUCCCAACACAGAAGUGGAUUUAAAGUGGGACAGUCAAGGUGCAAGGAAACAUGGAUUUCUAAGGAAAUUGCCCCCUGGGAGGGCACAUGGACAUGUGCAAAUGUCUCACAUAACAAUUUUGACAAUUGUAGCUGCCUAUUGAGUAAGGAGUGGAUUUCAGUUUGGGGCAUUAAUUGUACCCACUAUCGAAAUGGUACCAAGGUGAAUGGGAGUUCAACAAAAAGAAGCUCACUAACUCUAACUUUAAUGAGCUCUCGUUCCAUCAUCACAAAUGAAGCCUGUGGGCUAUGGUGGAUUUGUGGGCGAUGGGCAUAUAGGCAGCUUCCCGCCAAUUGGGCUGGGACUUGUUAUUUAGGGGCUUUAAUUCCGGGUGUUUGGAUAACACAACCCAAAACUCAUCGAGCCAAAUGCAAUACUGAUGUUUCUUUUGAGGGCAUUGCAGCAGGGGGAGGCCAAAAGUGGAAAAAUGAUGAGUGGCCAGCAGAGAGAAUCAUUCAGUACUAUGGUCCAGCAACUUGGGAGCCAAACGUGGUUGGGAGAGAGCCCACAUAUUUGACAAAUCAAAUUAUUAGACUCCAGGCCGUAGUAGAAAUUGUUACCAAUAAAACCGCCGCAGCCCUGCGUCUGAUUGGCAACCAGCUCACUCCACUACGUACUACGGUACUGCAAAACCGCUUAGCUCUUGACUACUUACUUGCAAGCGAGGGAGGGGUGUGCAGGAAGUUGAAUUUAUCAAACUGUUGUGUUGAAAUUGAUGAUAAUGGUGAAUUGAUAAAGGCCUUAGCGGAUGAAAUGGAGGAGGUAGCACAUGUCCCAGUCCAAACAUGGAACGGGUGGAAUUUUGAUUGGUUUACAUCCUGGCUCCCUAAUUUUGGAUGGUUAAGGGGAGCGUUCUAAAUCUUUUGUCUGCUAAUGUUGAUACUUUGUUUGAUUCCCUGUAUUAUACCCUGCAUCAUGGCUCUCGUGAGAUGAACAGUACAGUCGGUCGUCAACCGAGAGAUGUUUGUGCAUUAUCAGAAGUUAGCCAUAGCUGAAAAUUAUUAAAAUUAGAGUUAGAGAGCAUCUUGAGGGGGGAUAAUUGUGGUAAAAAUAUAGCAUAAUCUAUAUUUCCUGCUUUUAUAAUUGCUUUUGCAUAUUAUCACAAUUGCUUUUGCUAAGGCAUAUAUGCUAAUGAUAGAUUUACGAGUAGCACAAAAACUUCUGCAGACAGAGCCAGGAACAGAUACAAUAAAGAACUCCUUACGAGAGAUAAGAGAAGAGGGGCAGGGAAAGAUGCUGAUGUGGAGAGACUAGACCCUGACCGAAGGAUGACCGUGAGGGGCUUAAGAACUGCCCGUGGGAGGGGAUUUAAGAUGUAAAUGAGACAUGUAUGUAAACCGUCAUAGAACAUGUAACUGCUAGACAUAUGAUGCAAGACGUAAUGCUAAGUCUGCCAAUAAUUGCACGAUACGUUGAAAUCUAUUGUUUACCUUGGCUAUAAAAAGAAAUUUCAGACCCAGUUUGUCGUCGACCCUG